AUGGCAAAGAGAAGAGCAGACGAACCGGAAGAUUCUGACAUCGAUGUUAGUUCCACAGAUUCAGAAAAUGAAUUGGAAGAAGAACAGCAACAGGGAGAAGAAGGUGAAGAUAUAAUCAAUGUCGAUUUUGAUUACUUUGAUUUAAAUCCUGAAGUUGAUUUCCAUGCAAUUAAGAAUUUCCUUCGUCAAUUGUUUGGAGAUGAUGCCUCAACAUUUGAUAUUUCUUCGUUGGCUGAUUUGGUUUUGACUAAGAAUGCUGUUGGUACGACUAUUAAGACCGAAGGAAUCGAAAGUGAUCCAUUUGCAGUUUUGUCGGUAAUAAACAUGUCGGAAAACAUCAAUAAGCCAUGUAUCAAAACUUUAGUUGAUUAUGUUCUUCAAAAAACCGGCAAGAAUUUGGAGUUCAACUUAAUGUUGAGGAAAUUGUUAGAAGCUAAGGACCAAAAUUCCUCCGCAUCAUCUAAAUCGUUAAAGGUAGGUUUGAUUAUCAGUGAAAGAAUGAUAAACAUGCCGGUAGAAGUUGUUCCUCCUAUGUAUAAGAUGUUAUUGGAAGAAAUGACCAAAGCAGACGACGCUCACGAGAAAUACGAAUUUGACUACUUUUUAGUCAUUUCCAAAGUCUACAAGCUUGUGUCUGCAAAGAUUCAGGACGAGGAAGCUCCCCAAAAGUCAAAGAAGAAGAAGGUUGCUACCAAUGAACCGGUCCCAGUAGAAAUGGACUACUUUCAUUAUGAAGACAUAAUUUUGGAAGAAAAUGCUAAAUAUUUUGCUACUUAUGACUACAAUGAUGCCAAGCAAGAUACAGAUUCAAGAAGAGUAUUCACUGAUUACGGAAUCGAUCCUAAAUUGAGCUUAAUCUUGAUUGACAAGAACAAACUUGCUGAAUCAAUUCCUCAAAUGGAAGAGAAGUUUCCUCCCUUUUAG